GCAGCCAAUCAGCGGCUGUGAGGGACACACGAGCGGUGAUAAUAUCCACGGAGCAGGCUGCGGGCAGGAGGAACAAAGAAAGCCGCCCGUUGCGUGUUAAUGUCCCUCCAGCUCGUCAACACAGGCACGCACCGACCGAGCAGAGGCUCUUUCUUUUUGUUUUCGCGUUAUUUUAACACUUCCCCCCUACUCAUUGAAUGUCACAGCGCGUCUUAAGUGAGGUCGGUUGGUUUCGCUGAGGGGAAGAGGAAACUUGGCGUCGCACAAAAAAAGAGCUUCUUGUCGGUUCUCCUUUCUCGCUUUUUGCCUUGGAUACGCUGGUUGGAAGGUAGCUGUUGUCGCUUGGAUAUAAACAGAGCUCAAUAGUGUGACCGGUUACCUUCUGACUGGGCAGAGAUGAACUUUUCUCAAGACGCAGACAAUCGAAUGGAUUAAAAGGAGCUCCAACCAACAACAUCAUGCGGUAACAACAGGUUUUGUCUCAACCUGCUUACUCUAUGGCAGCCAUACAACUGGAAUUUCCCUAUCAGGAUACAGUCAGUUCAGGAGUGUGGGUUCCCCCUGGUGAAAGACAGCAAGUGUGUCCAGCAGCACCCUUCCACCCAGGACCCACUGUGUUGCCAUUGCGCCCAUGAGGUAACGUCAGGCAAUACAACCCCCUCAUUACCACCCUUGGUCCAUCCAUUUCCCUCCCCUCUGUCCCUUCCUCCCUUUGACCCACCCAGCCAUGGGCCAGAAGAUCUCUGGCAGUAUCAAAUCAGUGGAUGUGCGCGGAGAGCCCUCAUAUCGGCCAGUACGCCGUGAACUGAGGGGGCCAGAUUUCUGUCGGCCCCCCAGGCUGGAUUUACUGCUGGACAUGCCAUCAGCCAGCCCCGAGACCCAGCUCCGCCAUGCCUGGAACCCAGAUGACCGGUCGCUCAAUGUCUUUGUUAAGGAGGACGACAAGCUGACGUUUCAUCGACAUCCAGUAGCACAAAGCACUGACUGUAUCCGUGGUAAGGUAGGCUACACCAGGGGCCUCCACGUUUGGAGGAUUCACUGGCCAGCCAGACAAAGAGGCACCCACGCUGUCGUAGGCGUGGCCACCGCUGAAGCAUCUUUACACUCAGUGGGCUACACGGCCCUGGUGGGCUCGGACUCUGAGUCCUGGGGCUGGGACCUGGGUCGGAAUAGGCUCUACCAUGAUGGAAAGAAUCGGCCUGCUUCCACGUCAGCACCCACAUACCCAUGUUUCCUGGAGCCAGACGAGUCAUUUGUGCUCCCAGACUCUCUGACAGUAAUACUAGAUAUGGACGAAGGAACACUGAGCUUCAUGGUAGACGGACAGUAUCUGGGAGUAGCUUUUAGAGGGUUAAAAGGCAAGCGGCUCUAUCCCAUCGUCAGUGCUGUGUGGGGACACUGUGAAGUAUCUAUUCGCUACGUCAAUGGACUUGAUCCGGAGCCCCUCCCCCUGAUGGACCUGUGCAGACGAGUAGCUCGACUGGCUCUGGGUCGAGAGCGCAUCCACCACAUCGACACACUCCCGCUGCCGCAGACUCUCAAGAACUACCUCCAGUACCAGUGACCGUGUACACACAAACGGAUGGGAUUAACUGACGCCCCCUUGUUCUUAUGGUGACCAGCCUCCAAACAGAACUUAAUGCUAACCAUCAGACAUGUGCUGAGGAUGCAGAUGAUGACGUCAACUGCGAGCAGGUGGUGAAGACGCCGCUGCAAGGGGGGUAUUGUUUACACCAGUUGGGGCUUUUCCAUUUUGGGUGUUUUUAUCUUUUGGUUUUUAGCCUUUUUUGUUUUUAGUUUUUUGUUGCCGUUCGCCGUCUUUCCCCCGGACAGAUGGCUGUAGGAGCUGAUGAAUGAAAUAAAUACGAGAUUAAAAGAGAGAAUUGCAAUCCAGUGUCCUGCUAAUCACAUGUAUAAAAGUCAAAACGACACGUCCUCAGUUUGAAAGGCCUUAUACGUUGUGGUGUUGGGGGCGACAGUUUAAACACCGCCCCCACCCCCCCAGACAUCUGUUCUGCACAGACUGUGAGGAAGCCUCCUCGGAAACAUGUUGGUAUUUAUAUUUAUAUUCCCAACAACACAGCCGGCUCUGUGGAGAUGCAACCAUCCCUCCAAGCCACAGGAGAUGAGGCAGAAGAGGAGGGGGAGAGGGCGGGCGGGGGGGAGAGAGAGAGAGUCUACGCGCACAGUUCUGUUUUUGCUUGUGUGUAAGCAGUGCAGCAUACAUGGACUAUAUGUAUACAGUGUGUGUGUGUUUGUGUGUCAGGAGUGUGCAGAAAACAAAGCCCUAACUGUCUGUAGUAAGAACACAACUCACUGACAAGCAGUCAGUUACCACCUACAGGCAAAUAAACACAGCAGCUCCAGUCUCUCUCUCUCUCUGUCUCUCUCUCUCUCUCUGUGUGUGUCUUUCUCUCGCCUGUCUCUCCGUCACUUGUUCGCAGUGUAAUUCCAGCCUCCGUACGGCUGACUGAGAUUGAUCUGGAGGUGAAGCUGUUUCUUUCACUGCUAAUGAGUCUGCUCUGUGACAGCACAUGCACACGUCAAUAAAUGCAAGCACAUGACAGUUCUGUCAUAUCAGAAGCUCCUCCCCUCCCCAAGAAAGUUUUAAAUGCUGCUUUUUCUAUCUUUUUCUUCCACCGUCUUACCGUCAUAGGGGUUUUUAUCCCAGACUUCCUUUUGAAAAUUAUGGUCUUAAGAGAUUUUUUUAAUAUCUUUUUUUUUUUCCUGCUAUGGAUUUUGAGAUUUUGUCUGUGGGACUCGCUGGUAUAGGUGGAAGAAUGUGCUGCCAUGAGAAUCUUUUAAAUGUGAAUAAAAAUAAACUCUGUUAAACUUG